GCCUCGGGGCGGAAGGGGCGUGGCCGUGCGGCGGCCGCCGGCGAGAUGGCGGUGGCGGGGGGCGGUGGCGGUUCCUCGGCGUCCUGCGCGCCCUCCGCCCGCGGCCUGGAGCGGCCCGACCCGCUGGCGCGCCUCACCUGCCCCGUGUGCCUCGAGGUGUUCGACAGCCCCGUGCGCGUCCCCUGCGGACACGUGUUUUGUACGCCAUGCCUGCAGGAGUGCCUGAAGCUCAAAAAGCCAGUCUGUGGUGUCUGCCGCAGCGCCCUGGCGCCUGGCAGCAGGGCUCUGGACUUGGAAAAGCAGAUCGAAGUGACAGAAACCACUUGUAACGGCUGCAACAAAAAGAUGUUUCUCUCAAAGAUGCGCAGCCACGCAGCUUCUUGUUCAAAGUACCAGAACUAUAUCAUGGAAGGUGUGAAAGCUGUGACUAAAGAACCACUCCACAACACCAGGAACUUCCCCAAUCGCUUCACCUUUCCUUGUCCAUAUUGCAGCGAGAAAAACUUUGAUCAAGAAGGACUAGUUGAGCACUGCAAAACAUUGCACAGCAUGGAUGCAAAACAAGUGGUUUGCCCAAUUUGUGCCUCGAUGCCGUGGGGAGAUCCAAAUUACAGGAGUGCUAACUUCAUGGAACACCUUCAGAGACGACACCGGUUUUCAUACGAUACUUUUGUGGAUUAUGAUGCCGAUGAAGAUGAUAUGAUGGCACAGGUUUUGAUGCGUUCUUUGCGGGAUAAAUAAAAAAGAAGACUAACUGUCAAACCAAGCUUCCAUGAGAGGGAAAUGGCCAGCAUUCUUGCACUUCUCCCUGUCCAUGCCAAGAUGAACUCAGGCAUUCAGAAAUAUGGAAGACGUGAAUCUUAGUUUUCAAUCCCCGUUUGAUCUUUUGGUAUCAUUCUUGGUUUUUAUUAAUAUGACUAUGUUGUUCAGCCACAUAAGGCUAAUUUUCUUAUUUGUUUCACACAAAGAUUAUUUAUAGGUCAGCGUGGAGGAGACAGUUCUGUUUUCCUUCACAUCUGCCUGUUUUCUGAUUGCUUUCUGCCAGUUGUGCUAGUUUGACUAAAGCCAGAAAUACUCCAAAUUGACUGGCAUGAACUAGCUGGUAAAUCUCUUCUUCCCCUGAUCUUGUUUACAUUUCUUAAAUGAUAGUAUGAGAGGUGUCUUUGUGGCUCUUUUCCUUUAGUGAGACCCCUAGGUGCUAACUCACCAGAUUAGUUCCUGUUUCAACUGGCCUAUGAUGCCUGUGAUGUCAUGUUUACCAGUGUUCGAAUUCUCACAGACAGCCUCUCAAUUAUAUGGAAAACAUGUCUUCAGUAUGUCUUCAAACUGCAACAUUCCUUAGCAAAAAUGUUUGAAGCUGAGUAAGAAACUAGUUCAAAACACUUUAGUUCUACACCUGAUUACGAUUUUGUUCCGUACUUUGACCAUAAUUUCUAGCCUGCCUGGAAAACAGAACUUUGGUGUUAGCUAAAAUGCAUAACUUUCAACUGUUAUAGCAAAUAUUAAUCAUUUGUUGGCCUUACUAAAUUGGUGUUUAAAAAAUCGGUUUUCUAGGAAUCUUAAGCCUUAUGCUUGUAGGGGAAUUCAGAAGCUUUUUCAAUAUCCGUAUCUUAUGUAAACUAAAAAUUUCAUAUAUAUAUUCCUAGUUGUUCCAUCCCUCAAGGCAAGCUGGUAGCAAAACUUAUAACCCGUAGCACUUGCACAGCACUGCCUUCUGCAUUGCAGAUUCUAACAAGAAUUUUGAAUUCCUGUUUUUACUUAAAUGUCGCUAAGGUAGCUGAAGCUGUACUUAGAUUGUUUUCCAUAUACAUACAGUAUGGAGGUAUAGCUUUCAAAGAAAAUGUAAAAUAUAAACAAGUUUGAAUUCAUAGAAAAUGGAUACUUGAUACUCAGUUAUACACUUUCAUUGUAGAGUUUCAUUUUUAGUUUAACACUAAUUGCACGAUCUAUAUGCUGAGAUCAAGCAGUCUCAGAGACCCGAACAGAACUUGGAAAUCGGAGUAGUAGUGCUGAGAUGUCUGGUCUCAUUGAACUUGGCAUGCCUGAUUGGAGCAGUGGACCUGCAUCACCACAGAACUGAGUACUAAUCAAUUUAUUUGACCAAUAAACUUCACACUCUGCAGACUGCAGCAUAGCCUUACCCUUAAGAAAUGAAACGCACCCUAGCUAAAACAUCUUGAUUAAACUUUGUGUCCAGCAAGUUUGUGGCUUCUAAUAUAUUUAACUUGGUUUUGGUGUGCUUUCCCUAAUGUGGUAAGGCUGGUAUAGAUUCUCACUGAGGUAUCUGCUUGGUGACUGCAAUCUUAGUCUUAGGGAAAAAAUACAUCAGUGUGGGAAAAGUACUGUGUUGUGGGGUUGGUGAUUCCUAAUGCUUGGUCUGUGAAGAGAUUACAAUGUGCUAGUGGUUGGGUAGGGAUUUCUAGGUUCUGGCUAUGACAAAGUUUUGUGAUAAAGAUUGGCCUGAGUCUAGAUUUCUGCAACUGUUCUAAGUGCACUUCCAUGCAAUUCUGACAAAACAUUUAAGGAGCACUUUGAAGCUUCUGAGCAAUUAACUUUUGUCAUGUUUUUGACUUUUGAAGACAAGUUAUAAAUAAAGUUCAUUUAAUUUAUAAAACCCUA